CGCGUGAGGUAGAGCGCGCCCGGUCCCCUCAGAGGGCAGCCGGCGUCGCAACCUGAAAGCCCGCGGGUUGGGUGGGCGCACGCGCGCUGCCUUUUUCCUCUUUUCUCCCUCAGGCGCCGCCGGACUCUGUGCCGCUGCGCCGCGAGGGGGACCCGCACGCGCACCAGCCUCCCCGGCUGCCUUUCCGUGCGCCGCUCCUCUCAGUGCGUGCGAGGCGAGGGGCAGAGCAGGAGAGGCGCUGCGGCAGCAGGAGAGGCGGAGAGGCGAGAAGGGCGCGCGGCUUCGGCUGCCUUUGGAGUUCUCGGCGUCGGGCGAAAGCGGUCUCUUCUCUCUUCCCGGGGCUGAGGCGGCGGCGAGAGCGCAUGGAGCCUUGGAAGCAAUGCGCCCACUGGCUCAUCCAGUGCCGGGUGCUGCCGGUCAACCACCGGGUGACCUGGGACACGGCGCAGGUGUUCGACCUGGCCCAGACCCUCCGCGAUGGAGUCUUGCUUUGCCAGCUGCUCAACAACCUGCGCCCUCACGCCAUCAAUCUCAAGGAGAUCAACCUCAGACCUCAGAUGUCCCAGUUUCUCUGUUUGAAGAAUAUAAGAACAUUCCUUUUGGCCUGCUGUGAGACAUUUGGGAUGAAGAAAAGUGAACUUUUUGAAGCAUUUGACCUGUUUGAUGUCCGUGAUUUUGGAAAGGUUAUAGAAACAUUAUCCAAGCUUUCCCGCACCCCUAUUGCAUUAGUCACCGGAAUAAGGCCGUUUCCUACAGAAGAGAGCGUGAAUGAUGAAGACAUUUACAAAGGCCUUCCAGAUUUAAUAGAUGAAAGUGGUGUAGAUGAAGAUGAAGACCUUUAUGAUUGUGUUUAUGGGGACGACGAAGGUGGUGAAGUCUAUGAAGACCUGAUGAAAGCUGAAGCAGCACACCAGCCAAAAUGUCCUGAAAACGACAUAAGAAGCUGCUGCCUUUCUGAAAUAAAACAAACCGAAGAGAAAUACACAGAAACAUUGGAAUCCAUUGAAAAGUUUUUUAUGGUUCCCCUGAAAAGGUUUCUGACCACUUCAGAGUUUGAGACAGUAUUCAUCAACAUUCCCGAUUUGGUGAAAAUCCACAGAAGUUUAACACAGGAUAUUCAUGAAUCCAUUGUAAACAAAAGUGACCAGAACCUGUAUCAAAUUUUUAUAAGCUACAAGGAAAGAUUAGUUAUUUAUGGGCAGUACUGCAGUCAAGUAGAAACAGCCAUAUCCUGUUUGGAUAACAUUUCCAAGACCAAAGAAGAUGUUAAAUUGAAACUGGAGGAAUGUUCCAAAAGAGCCAAUAAUGGGAAGUUUACUUUGCGGGAUCUUCUUGUGGUUCCAAUGCAGCGAGUUCUGAAAUACCAUCUUCUGCUUCAGGAGUUGGUAAAACAUACUAGUGACCAAACAGAGAAGAACAAUCUGAAACAGGCACUUGAUGCAAUGAAGGACUUGGCUCAGUAUGUAAAUGAAGUGAAGCGAGAUAAUGAAACCCUCCGUGAAAUUAAACAAUUUCAGUCAUCAAUUGAGAAUUUGAACCAGUCACUUUUACUGUAUGGACGACCACAGGGUGAUGGUGAAAUAAGAAUAACAACUCUGGACAAAAGGGCAAGGCAGGAUAGGCAUAUAUUCUUAUUUGACUUGGCUGUAAUUGUAUGCAAACGGCGAGGUGAUAAUUAUGAAAUGAAGGAAAUAAUUGAUCUUCAGGAAUACAAAAUAGCCAAUAACCCCACCACAGACAAAGAGAACAAAAAGUGGUCUUACGGCUUCUACCUCAUCCACAUACAAGGCCAAAAUGGACUAGAAUUCUACUGCAAAACGAAAGAUUUGAAGAAAAAGUGGCUGGAGCAGUUUGAAAUGGCACUGUCCAACAUAAGGCCGCAUUAUGGAGAAACAAAUACUCAUAACUUCAAAAUGCAUACCUUCACUCGUGUAACAUCCUGCAAAGUCUGUCAGAUGCUUCUGAGGGGAACCUUUUGUCAAGGCUAUUUAUGUUCAAAGUGCGGAGCUGGAGUCCACAAAGAAUGUUUGGGAAGGCUAGACAAUUGUGGCAGAGCUAAUUUGGGUGAACCCGGGACCCUGAAACAUGAGAGACGACCAAAUGGACUCCGAAAGAGCUCCAGGCAUAUGGACCCAGGCUUACCAAAAAUGCAAGUAAUUCGAAACUAUAGCGGGACACCACAGCCAGCUCCACAUGACGGCCCUCCUUUACAUAUCCAGAUUGGGGACAUAAUUGAACUCAUCAAAGGGGAUGCACACAGCUUGUUUUGGCAGGGUAGAAAUGUAGUGACCCGGGAGCUUGGUUUCUUUCCAAGUGAUGCAGUAAAGCCUUGCCCUUGUGUUCCUAAACCAGUAGACUAUUCUUCCCAGCCAUGGUAUGCUGGAAUGAUGGAAAGGCCGCAAGCAGAGACGGAACUUAUUAACCGGGUAAACAGCACAUACUUAGUGCGGUAUAGGACUACGGAAUCGGGAGAGUAUGCCAUCAGCAUUAGCAUUAAGUACAAUAAUGAAGUGAAGCACAUAAAGAUUUUCACAAGAGAAUGCUUUUUUCACAUUGCAGAAAAUAGGAAAUUUAAAAGUUUAAUGGAACUUGUGGAGUAUUACAAGCACCACUCUCUCAAAGAAGGCUUCCGAAGUCUGGAUACAACUCUUCAGUACCCAUACAAAGAAUCCGAAAAUUCGCUGGACCAAAGGAGCAACAGAGCAAGUGGGAACAGAGCAUGUGGCAACUCCCCUUCUUUGUUCUGUGGGUUUUCUUUUGUAACUCCUCCAGACUACAGCUUUGUUCCCCCUUCCUCCACUCCUUUCUGGUCAGUGCUGAGUCCCAAGGUUCUCGGUAUAGCUAUUGCCCGCUAUGACUUCUGUGCACGAGACAUGCGCGAACUGUCCCUGGUCAAAGGAGAUGUGGUUAAAAUUUACACCAAGAUUAGUGCCAAUGGCUGGUGGAGAGGUGAAGUAAAUGGAAGGGUGGGUUGGUUUCCCUCAACGUACGUAGAAGAGGAUGAAUGAUUUGGAGUCCUAGCUGGUACUCUCGAUCAUAAACUUCAGGGACUGUGAAUUUCAGCCAUCUGCAAAGCAUUAUUCGUCUUGUUAAGUAUUUGAAAUGCAGCGCUCCUGUCUGUUAAAACCCUCCAGUCUUAACACUGGGAUUACUGAAGAAGUUUGUGUUGACAGAUUAAUAUCUCACUCAGAUCUGUGCAAAGAAGCAAACUGCCUGCCCAUCACCACUGGGGACCAGUUCAAAACUCUAACUUCACCUUCCUGAAAAAUCACUUCAAAACAGACUUUUUAAAAAAUGCUUCUUUUCAUUCCAUCCUGCUGUACACAUUGAAUACUAAGUAUGGGUAUCUAUUUACUAACCUUCAUUUCUUUUUUCUUUUCCUGUUAGCUAACAUCUCUGAUGGCAUUAGGAGAUGAAGGCUUGCUUUAUUGUUGCCUAUCAUAGCUUCCAGGAGGAGUUUGGGGGGGGGAGUUUUAGCAUUCCAGUAGUCAUGUGGUCAAUAUUAUUUGUCUUGAAAUAUCCAGCAGCAGCAAUUAACCUUGCCAAUGACUGCAUAGCCAUCAAGGAUGCAGCCUCUAAACACACUUUAUGGGCACUAAGCUAAAUUCAACACAGCUCUGUGUGUAAUUCUGGGGAGGAAAAAUACAAAGGAGUUCAGUCUUUAAUUCAAUGGGUCAUUUUAACUGGCUUGUCUGUGUCUUUUUCUUUUUUUAAAGUUUUAUGAAACAGCAAACUUCAGGAAGUGUUUUGUGGGUUACCAUACAGUUGUGCUAGAAAAAGGGAUUCCAUAGUAUUUAAGGUUACAGAUUCCUAGCACAAAAUAUUCCAUAUAGAACAGUGAUUUUAAAAUGCACACGCCCAUAUAUCUUGCAAAAUUCCAUGUACCUAGGAGAUGUUAUGCUUUUAUAGAUAAAUCUUUGGGCAUGGUUCGAUAUUCUACCUUGGCCAUUAUUGAAAGCUCUGCUAAUAUGCAAGAGAUCCCCCUCUCUCCUGUUGCCUUACUUGUCUCAGUGGGACCAGUAAUAAUAUAAAAAGUUGUGCUGUGUACUUAAAGAAGGUGGUAUUAUUACAGAAAGCAAUUUGUGAGAGAUAUUUCCUCCUUCUCUCCCACACCCCUCCCCAAGAUCAACUGUGCUUUAUUUCUGAGACAAAUGGUAAUUUCCUCAUUCAAUGGCUUUCAUUAUUGGGGUGGAUUCAGAUUUUUUCACUAUGAAAGUAAACUGCAAUAUUUGGGACAAGUUGAUAAGCUCCUUGCAAUUUCUAGGACACUAACAAUCAGAUCUCUCAGGGUUCUCGCCUUCAUGUUCUUCCAUCCCUCAGUUUUAUCAGGCAGAGAGCAGAAGUGCAGAACUGCAUAGGAGAGCAAGUAAUUCCUAAGGCCCAGAUCCCAAGAGUUAGAUCAGUAGAGAAUGAUACCACACACAACACUUAACGAGAAAAUAUUCAAGCAAAUUGUCUGGCAAAUACAUAGGGUGGGAUCCAAAGGAUCUGGUGCUUCCUGAACUGAUUGAGGACCCAGAUUUCCUAUAGCUGCACCUCUUUCACCAAGAAGCUGCUCCUGAAGGUCAGAGCAUACUUCCACCAUGGGUUCCCUACUUGUGAGAAGCUGCAAGCCGAAGUGAAAACCAAAAAACGUUCCUGCAUGUGCAAAAGCACUCUGGAUUAACAGGGAGGGCCUCUUGGAUCCACCAUCGGGGCGGGGGGAACCAUAUCUCUGGUUGAUGUUUUGCCUGAGUGUCAUUACCCAUAAAAUUAGCAGAAGCCUUGGAGAGCUUUGUUCCAUCUCACAAGGUUGUGUAUUGUGCCUAGAGACCAUCCCAACUUGGUGCACACAGCCCAUUCUGUCCCUCUCUCCCCCUUGCUCACUUGCCUCUAGUUGAAUGCUUGGCCAUUCAGUUGCCAAUUGAUCCAGAAUUUGCAAGCCCUCUCCAAUCUGCCCCCAUUAAGGAGCUUGUCAUCAAGCAAAGAGAAUAUCUCUGUGUAUACCUGUAGCAUACAGAAGUUCAAAAUGAUGUCAACUUUGAUUUUAUUGGAUACAUUAUUUUGGUGGAACCAGCUGCAGCAUUUGUAAAAGAUUGCAGAAAUGUAUUUUAUAAAAUGACCUGAUCUUAAAUGUUAGAUUAGGAAUGCUCCCCUGGUGCUUUUUUUCUGUACUAACUAGUUUUGUCUAGUGGACUUGAUCUCUAAAUGGGCAAAAUUGCUUUACCAAAAGCUAUUGCUGACUUUUAAUGGGAUAUGGUUUUGUCUCUAGGUCUGUGAAACGUAUUGUGCAGUGUCAUCAGUGUUUAUCUGUCUUGUAGAGGGAGAAUCAGCUUAAGGUAAAGAUUAAGAAAUGUAUCUUUUCAAGAAAAGAUUUUGAUUAAUAGUUUAGGUAACCUAAAGUUGCUGUUUGCUAAUUUUUGCAACUCAGGGGCUUAAUGGAACUCAGUGAAGUCAUGUCAUAUCUAAAUACUUCCCUCCUAUUCAUGCACCUCGGCCCAGCAGUUCUUUAGGGGCAUGGGAUUUCCACUUGUGAAAGAGCUUCUGCAUUAACUUCAGCAAGAGAAGAGAAGCAGCUUAGUAUGUGCAACUGAAGUGGUCAGUUUUCAACCACAGAUAAACACCUUGCUCAUCCAUUGGUUCCAUAAAUCACUGUCUCCACCUGCCCGUUAUAACAAGGAGGGACUUCUCUUUGUUUCACAGCAGUGGGGAGGAGAGGGUGAGGGUGGACCAAGACUCCAUCUUCUUUUACUGCUGCAUAUCUCUUAAGGGUUGAACCAGAGUCUCUGGGUUGUGACUUUGCAAUCCAACACGAAACCUUUUGCACUGCCGGGCUUUCUCUUCUCUUUCCAGGAUAGCGAAUGUAGGAGCUGAGUCAUUCUGAAGCUCUGUGUGUGCACCUACAGAACUCUGGACAGGACUGUGCUUGUUACGUUGUUGUUUGUAAUGCCCUGUGUUGAAUAAAUUAAAUGCUGCAUUGUAUUAUAUUUCAAAUACCAAAGAUUUAAUAUGCCAGAGCCAUUGGUUUCCCCCCUUCUUUCUGCAAUGCAUUUUCUUUUUGCCUCUCUGUCUGACCUUGCUCUCACUCAGGGAGCUGGGGCAGUACUUUAAUUUGUAAUAUUGUGUAAAUAUGUGAAUAUAUUAAUAAACUGGUUAAUUUCUUGUUUAAUGA